AAUAGUCCAAUAUUGUCGCAUGCACAGAUUAAAUAGCUCCGUGUCUGGAAAGGGUUUGGUGUGUUUGGUUAAAACCAGGGCUCGAAUUGAGUGAGGGUAACACAUACCCUUGUUAAAGAAAAUGGCAAAAAUGAUAUCUAUUGUUUGCUUUAAAUAAAUGAAACGUAUCCAAAUGAUAUCAAGCGUUCUAUAACAAUGCUUAACUCGGUGAUGCCUUAUGGUAACAACAAGCUAUGCCUGCGAAAGACGUGACUCCGAUCCCUCCGGGGAUAUAUGGAUUCCUCUCUAUGACAUUCUGAAGUUUACCAUCCAGAGGAUCCCUCGUAGCCUUGAGGUCUGUCAGUCCUGGAGUUCCUCUGUGGUCACCACUCUGAACGCCCUGCUGUACUCCUUCUCUCUGGUGUUCAGGCCAGACAUGGUGCUGUGUAACAGCUCAGGGACCUGCGUCCCCCUGUGCGAUGCAGGAGUUAUCCUGGGAUUGAAGAUGGUCCUGAUUGUCUACGUUCGAAAGCAUCUGCAGAGUUGAGAGCCUGUCCCUCUGUGGGAAGAUCCUCUACACUCUCAGACUUCAUACAACUUUUUCAUUAUGUUACAAAUGGGAACACUUUGCUCAGGAAAAAAAUGCUUAAUAGUUUGCUUGAUUGAUAUACUGUGAUGGACAUUUUUCUACAACUCCAAUGGAAAGACUUUGGAACAUAGAGCCUUAUUCAUAGUUACUAUGUAAAGAUGCUUCGGAUAAGUGGAAUGUGUUAUGUAAUGUCACUUUCAUUUAUGGUACAGAGAACAGUGUGAAGAAAUACAAAAUAUAUGUAGCUAUAGCUGACUUGAGUGAGGUGUUGGUGUAGGCUAACUACCAUUGAAUUAAUCAAGCUAUUACACAACCUCAGCUUUCUGUUUUUUGAAUUAAAACCGAUAAAGAGGAACAGAGAGAACACACCAAAACAUUAUGUCAAAGACAGAACAGUGGAACCAGCUGUUUGUAUUGCUGUGUAGUGCUAAAGCAGUUGUCAUUGUCAGAGAGGAACCCAGUAUAAUGACAGAUGCAAGACAGCAUAUUAGUAUUUCUGAACAAGGGUCCUAUAACCAUGCCACGUAGUACUAUCAAUGAACAACAUCAGGAAUUAUGAGGGAAAUUUUUGAAAAGUUUUAUGCACAUUUAAUUAAUACUCUUGCCGGAAUGAAAAGGACGAGCUCUGUCUUCAGAGUUGUGGAAGGAUAGGUUUUAUUUCAGCCAUACUCUUUGACAUUAUGUUUUACUUGUACAUCUCUCUCACUAAUAACACCUUUCCAUCCUGCACGGCAGGAAGAGCAAAUUAAAAGCAUAUUUGUGUCAAGUGCAUCAAGUGUGACUGAAACGGACAACCAAACACUUCCUUGAAUGAUAGUCAUUGAUAUUUAAUUAUAGGGACCGUUUUUUUAAGACAACAAACGCUUCAAAGCAAAGAUUGCUGUUGUCUUUGGAGCAUUUGAAUUAUACUGAACAAAAAUCUAAAUGCAACAUGCAACAAU